GUCAGUUUACAUUGCCAAAUAUUUCAAAAAUGUUUCUUCGUUGAAUCUGUGAAAUAGUUAUGAACAAUUAAAAUUAGCAUUCCUGAUUAUGCCAAUUUUUGCUGAUGACUUUGGAGUCAGCUUUGAAACAGAAUUGGCCGUGCACCAGUUUAUGGAGAGUAAUAUCCAUAGACCCCAAACAAUGAUUGAUGAUACAAUUAUCACAAGGCUACAGCUACAGAAAGAAAUUGAAGCCCUGAAGGAGAAACUCCUAUUCAUGAAGAAAAACCAUGAGGAGGAAUACAAAAGACUAGAAUCCCAGUUUGCCAGUUCUGGAUUGGCAGUUGAAACAGAUACCCCCCAGAUCUCAAGACUCAGCAAGACCAUGGCAGACAUCUGGGCUCAGUAUGAGGAGCUGGCUCGAAAGAACCACGAGGAACUGAAAAAGUACUGAUCCAAGCAGAUUAAGGAGAGCACCAUAGUAGUCUCCACCUACCUGCUGAAAUCAUAGACAAAGAUAUCACACUCUUAGAGCAUAGACACACCUUCCAGGCCAUGUAGAUUUAUCCAGACUCCGUGAAAAGGCAGAAGGUCAACUUGGAGAACAUUUGUGGGGAUCUAGGGGCCUGAUACAAUAGACAGAUGAAGUAACUAAGUGGGGUCCUUCUCUGCCUGGAGUCAGAGCUGGUAUAAACCUAGGCAGAGAGGCAGUGCCACACUCAGUAAUACAAAAGACCCAGGAAUACAAAACCUUGCUGAUUAUCAAAGUCAAGCUUUAAGCUGAUAUUGCCACUUACUGCUGCAUUCUGGCAGAUGGGGAAGACUCGAGUCUCUAUUCCCUGAGCUACAGCAAGUCCAUGCAAACUAUCCAGAAGACAACCACCUGUAAGGUUGAAGCUGGCAAAGUGGUCUCCUAGACCAGUGGGACUAGCAUUUUGAAGUAGUGAGGCUAAAAAGGAGGGUACCCCUGGGACUAAGAGACCAAUAAAAGUUGAGAGGCCACUGGAUAAAAUAAUAAUGAUGGUUAAUAAUAAUAAUAAUAAACCAAAUU